AUGGCCUUGAUGUAUAAGGAUCCAGACAGUUCAGAUGAACCCAGUGCCGAGGACACUAGACUUCGAGAGAUUUACAGUCCCCUUCAUCGAGGGUCAGACCAAAGUGGUAUUGUCCCUACUCUGAAAGAUGUGAAUGGAAAGUUUCCUCCAAACUUUCCAUUCACUCAGAUGGCCAAAGGCACUGUGGUGAUGGGAUUCCUGCUCCUGGGGUUCUCGGAGGAACCUGUCCGUCCUGGACUUCUGCUUAUCUUUGUCACUGUCCCCAAAACUUUCUUCAAUUCAGUGACCAACAAGAACUCCAUGUAUUUCAAGGGCUGCAUUCUGCAAGUGUUUUUCUUUGUUUCAGAUGUUGUCUCUGAGGUGUCCCUGCUCACAGUGAUGUGCAACGACCACUACGCUGCCAUCUGCCACCCCUUGCGCUGUGAGGUUGUCAUGAUAAGAGGGACUUGUGAGAAGAUGGCAGCCGCCUCCUGGCUCAGUGGUGGGCUCUUCGGUCUCAUGCACACAGCUGCCACCUUCUCUGAACCUUUCUCUGGGCCUCAAAUGAUCCAGCAGUUCUUCGGUGAUGUUCCCCAGCUUCUGAAGCUCUCUAGUCCCCCAGGAAACACACGUGAAUAUUCGCUCAUUGUCCUUUCUGCCAGUUCCUUCACCGUCUGUUUCGUGUACAUAACUGCCUCAUAUGUCCGCCUCUUCUCAGCCGUGCUGAGGAUGCCAUCAGUAGAGGGCCAGUCCAAAGCCUUCUCAACCUUCCUUCCUCAUCUCAUCGUUGUGAUUUUCUUCGUAUCCACGGGUGUUUCUGAAUAUCUAACUCCGUCCUCUAAUUGUCCAUCGGGACUAGACUUGCUUCUGUUCAUUUUCUAUUCCAUAGUGCCCCCGGGUCUGAACCCUGACAUCUACAGAUUGAGGAAACAGGCUAUGGAAGCUGCUCCAGAGUGGAUGUUAUGCCCGGAAUAA